CGGUGACCGCCUCUCUUAUCCGGUACACUGUGGUCAUGUCAUAAGCUUGCUACACGCGGUUGGGUAAAGAACAUUUAAUACGUGUUAUUGCGCAAAUCGGAAUUUUGAAGUCGUUAACGAGCUUUCAUUAUCUUCUAAACGAUAUUAUUGCACGACUAUAGCCAAGGAGCUACGUUAAGGAAUUAUGGCGCGAUACGGGCAGCGACCUGAAAACGCCCUGAAACGAGCGAACGAAUUUAUUGAAGUGGGCAAAUCAGCUCGAGCGUUAGAUACAUUGCAAGAAGUCUUCCGUAAUAAAAAAUGGACAUACAAUUGGUCAGAGUCUGUAUUGGAGCCGAUAAUGUUCAAGUAUCUGGAUCUCUGUGUAGAAUUGAAGAAAUCGCACAUAGCGAAGGAAGGUCUAUUCCAAUACAGAAAUAUGUUUCAAUCUGUCAAUGUCGGGAGUUUAGAGAAUGUGAUACGUGGCUAUUUGAGAAUGGCUGAAGAAAAGACAAAUGCGGCACGUAAACAGAGUCAGCAAGCUGUAAUCGAUAUUGACGAUCUUGAUAAUCUUGCUACACCCGAAAGCAUCUUACUUUCGGCGGUUAGCGGAGAGGACGCGCAAGACAGAAGCGAUCGUACUAUUUUGACGCCUUGGGUAAAGUUUUUAUGGGAAUCGUACUGCCAAUGCUUGGAGUUGCUCAGAACUAAUGCACAUGUAGAAACUCUUUAUCAUGAUAUUGCGCGUAUGGCCUUCCAGUUUUGUCUCGAGUAUAAUCGUAAGACUGAAUUUCGUAAAUUAUGCGAAAAGUUACGAAAACAUCUUGAGGAAAUAUGUAAACUGCCGCCACUUGUGUCGAAUGUUUCUAUGAAUAAAGCAGAGACACAACAGUUAAAUUUAGAGACUAGAUUAAAUCAAUUAGAUUCUGCAAUACAAAUGGAAUUGUGGCAGGAAGCUUUUAAAUCUUCAGAGGAUGUACAUGGUAUGAUGAAUCUAUCGAAGAAACUUCCUGUACCAAAAACAAUGGCUAAUUACUAUCAGAAACUCGCUAUGGUUUUUUGGAAGGCUGGCAAUUAUCUAUUUCACGCGGCCGCGUUAUUCAAACUUUUACAACUCUCUCGUGAAAUGAAAAAGAAUAUGUCCUCGGAAGAACAGCAGCGAAUGGCCAACCGUGUAUUAUUGGCAACGUUAUCGAUACCGUUGCCAUCAGCUCACCCGGAAUUUGAUCGCUUCAUAGAGACAGAUAAGAGUCCAUUGGAAAAAGCUCAGAAACUCGCGACUCUUUUGGGCCUCUCGCAACCACCAACACGCGUUUCUUUAUUGAAAGAUAUCGUCCGUUUAAACGUUGUUAGUCUCGCGUCACCGCAGUUACAGGAAUUGUACUCGUGGUUAGAGGUGGAGUUUCAUCCAUUGGAACUUUGUAGCAGAGUCGAUUCCGUUAUUCAAACAUUACAAGCGGACGAAAACAGCCCAUUGAUUCAAUACAUCCCAGCUUUGCAAGAUGUAACGCUUGUACGUCUCGUCCAUCAGAUCUCCCAAGUCUAUCAAACUAUACAAUUUUCCAGACUUUUAGAACUCGCUAAAUUCACGGUGGAUUUUCAUCUUGAGCGUCUUUUAGUGGACUGCGUCCGUUACAACGAUAUGCAAAUCAGAAUAGAUCACGGCAAAUCAUGUGUUCAUUUCGGAGUGGACCUCUCGGAGGCUCAACGAGAAGAUCAUCCGGACGGUCCGGUGCUACAAGCGAUGCCCUCCGAACAAAUACGCUGCCAGUUGGUGAACAUGGCAACUGUGUUACAUCGUGCCAUUAACGUAAUAAAUCCCAAUAAAAAGAAACACGAGCAUGAGAAGCUGCGUAGCGCGAUGGUCGCUCACUAUCAUGAGACUAAGACGAAAGAACAUCAGAGAAUAUUGGGCAGGCACAAGAUCAUCGAGGAAAGAAAAGAAUAUAUAGAGCACAUCAAUACAGUCCGUGAAGAAGAAGAGAUGCGCCGACAGGAAGAACUUCAGCGGCAGCAAAUGCUAGCGGAACAAAAGCGGCUGGAGCACGAGCGCGAGGAACGUGAGCGAAAACGUCAGCAGAGUGAGAUUCAACAGAUCAAGGAUCGUCAUCUCAAGGAAAAGAUGCAACAGAUUUCGCAAACAAGUCAUGGGCAGAAGGUGCUCAAGAAAUUGGACGAGGACGAGAUCAAGAAGCUGGACGCGGAGCAGAUCGCAGCGCGGGAAGCUGAAGAACUGCAAAAAGAGCGAAGGGAGAUGCAACAGAAACUCAAAUCCCAAGAGAAGAAAGUCGAUUAUCUGGAGCGUGCCAAGCGACUUGAAGAGAUUCCGUUGCUAGAGAAAGCUGUACAAGAGAGAAUGCAACAAGCGAAACAACUUUGGCGGCAACAAGAGGAUGAACGAAUCGCCGCGGCUAUCGAAGAGAGGCAGGAGGCUGUUGCGACUCAAGAACGCCUGGCACGCAUGAAAGAAGAUCACGAUACUUUCUUAAAUAAGAUCUCAGCUGAACGUAAGAACAUACAUCUGGAGAAACUGAAGGAAUUUGAGAAAUUGUUGAAUGAAGAACGUGCCAAGCGAUUAUUGAAACGCAAAAUGGAACGUAAGAUCGAACGUAAAGCGAAAUGGGAGAAAGAACGCGCGGAAGCUGCGGAACGAAGACGUCUCGAGGAAUUGCGUGUCAAACAAGAAGAAGAGAAGAAACGUCUGGAGGAGGAAAGGGCCAAGAAGGAAGAAGAAGAGAGAAUUAGACGAGCCGAAGAAGAAGCCAGGGAAGCCGAACGUUUGGCUAAGCUGAAGAAACAAGCCGAAAUUAUCAGAGCCAAGGAAGCCGAGAUUGAACGCAAAUUAGAGGAGGAACGCCAGAGAGAUAAAGAUCUAAUAUCAACUUGGCGACGCAUGGAUAGAGAAAAUGACCGUGACCGUGACCGUGACCGUGAUCGUGAUCGUGAUCGUGAUCGUGACCGCGAUCGUGAACGUGAUGCUCCGAAAUCCACAAUGGAAUCAUGGCGACGCAAUGCCGAUAAGGAUUCCGAUGGACUCAAAAACGAUGCAGAACGUUGGAGGAAACGUGAUGACAAGAUUGAGGAUUCCGUAGAAAAAAGACGGAAAAAAAAAAAAAAAAAAAAAAAAAAAAAAAACAAAGAUUUAAGAGAUCGAGAUAGAUUGGACAAUCGUGGUUUCGACAAAAGGGAUGACCGUGAGCGUGACCGUGACCGCGAUCGUGAUCGCGAUCGCGAUCGCGAACGUGAUCGCGGAAUGGAUGGACGUGGUAUACGCGAAGUUUCACGUGAUACGAUACGCGAUGAUCGGGAUCGAGAUCGCGGUAGAAUGUCCGAUCGUCGUGGCGGUUAUCGUGAGCGUCGUGAUGAUCCAGUCAGGGAAUCGCGAAACACCAAUCAGGAUUGGCGAAAACGCGACCCGCCUCAAGAGUCUCCUAGAGAACCACCCAAGCGCGAACGAGAUGAGCGUAAAGAUGAUAGACUUCCACCUAGAUCCGACGACAGAAGACGACCAUUGGAAGAUGAUGGCUGGUCAAAAGUCAGUCGGCGCUAACAUCGGAUUCCCAAAUUAUAUAUGUUUAUUCUUUAAGAGGAAUCCACAUAAUAUGUGGAUGGAGUUUUUAUCAGAUAUGGAAAUAAUAAAUACUCUAUCCAAUUC